GGGGCUACGCCUGACGCACGACGCCGAGCGGGCGGGCUGCAGCGACGGUGACUUUGGAACCGCGGACAGCGGCGUCGGGGAGCGGGCAGCGAGUGAGAGGCAGAGAUGCCGCGGGUGUACAUCGGCAGGCUCAGCUACCAGGCCCGGGAGCGCGACGUGGAGCGCUUCUUCAAGGGCUACGGGAAGAUCCUGGAGGUGGACAUAAAGAACGGGUAUGGCUUUGUGGAGUUUGAUGAUCCUCGUGAUGCAGAUGAUGCAGUUUAUGAACUUAAUGGUAAAGAACUUUGUGGAGAAAGAGUAAUCGUUGAACAUGCUAGAGGCCCUCGAAGGGAUGGUGGUUACAGCUCUCAACGCAGUGGUUAUGGUUAUAGAAGAUCUGGAAGAGACAGAUAUGGACCUCCAACUCGUACAGAAUAUAGACUUAUUGUGGAAAAUUUAUCUAGUCGUUGCAGCUGGCAAGACUUGAAGGAUUAUAUGCGUCAAGCAGGUGAAGUAACAUAUGCAGAUGCACAUAAAGGAAGAAAGAAUGAAGGUGUCAUUGAAUUUAAGUCUUACUCUGAUAUGAAAAGAGCUCUUGACAAACUGGAUGGGACCGAGGUUAAUGGCAGGAGAAUCAGAUUGGUUGAAGAUAGGCCAUCGUCACGACGACGACGCUCUUACUCCAGGAGCCGUAGCCGCUCAAGGUCUCGUUCUCAAAGCAGAAAUCGUUCACACUCUCAUAACAAGAGUCGAAGCCACAGCGGAAGCAGUAAAAGUAGCAGAUCCCGAUCACGCUCUGGUUCGCACUCUCGGAGCAAAAGCGGAAGCAGAAGCAAAAGUCGAAGUGUGAGCAAGAACAAAACCAAGAGCAGGAGCAGAAGUAAAGAGAAGAAAAUCAGAGCAAGUAGUAGGAGUGGAAGUGAGGAGAAGAGUAAGAGCAGGAGCCGGAGUGCAGAACACGUUAAAGUCAACGAUGCAGCAGAGAAAACUGAGACCAGAAAUGAAAAUGGGGAGAAGGAGAGGAGUGUUAGCAAAGAAAAGAGUAGAAGUCUGAGUAAGAGUAAAGAUGGAGAAAAAACUGGCAGCAGAAGUAGAAGCAAAGAGAAGGGUAAAAGUAGGAGCAGGAGUAAAGACAAGAGUAAGAGCAGAAGUCGCAGCAAGAGCAGGGAGAAGAGAAAGGGAAGGAAGAGGAGCAGAAGUGAGAGUAGAAGCCGGAGCAGGAGUCGGAGUAAAAAUGAGAAGAACAAGAGACGUAGCAAACGUGAAAGCAAGACCAAGCGUAUUAGUAAGAGCAGGAAAACAAAAGGUGACAAAGAACAAUCUAGAUCUAGGUCGAGAUCAGAAUCAAAGGAAAAGGAGGAAGAGACCAGAAAACCAAGUGUUGAAAAGGAAACUAAGGGCGAAGGUGAAAAAGUGGAUGGGGAAUUGGACAUUAAUGAACAGACAAAGCCAAGGCUUGCAUCUCGUUCUAGGUCAAGGUCAAGGUCCAGGUCCAGAUCAAAGGGCAGAUCUAAAUCUCGUUCCAGGUCUAAAUCGAUUUCCAAAACCGAAGCACGUUCAAAGUCCUGUUCGCCUGCUCGCUCUGCGUCAAGAUCAGUGUCACGCUCUAGAUCCCGGUCACGCUCAAAAUCUUAAAUCUCCACUCUAUUCAUUUUCUAUGAAAACAUUAACGGAUCUUUUUUCAGGCAGGUCUGUCGUCUGCUCCACCACAAAUAAUACAAACCAUAGGCACUGAUUACGCUGUACAUUUUUCAAAAUAGACGAAAUGUAUUUAGUGCUAAAUUAAGAUUUUAUGGUGGGCCUGUACUGUCAGAAGGAUUCUUAGGUAGGUAUAAUGUGUGCAGAGCAAAGAUGCCCACCACUGCUGGUGUUGUUGGAUAUGUACAAUGAAGUCUUAAGUUACAUUCAUUUGUAUUGAUCAUUUAAAUAAUACAUUUCUGAUGUUGUGGACUUCCUAGCCAAAACAUAGCAGAUUGUAAAGUCUUGCCAAUACAGUGUAAUCAAAAUGUAGAAAUUUGCUCCCUCCCUCUGUUGUGAGGGAUAGCUCUUGCCUGUUUUUUUCCCCAGCAGGAUAACAUGCUUUUUUUGGUUUGGUUCAAUAAAGUGCAAAUAAAUGUC